AUGCUUGCAAUGAGCAUUGCGAUUGUCUCAGCGAUGAUUUUGACAGAGAAUACUCAUCUCAAUUACAAACUAACGAUGAGUAUUUUCCCAGACGCUCAUAACCCAUCAACUUCCAAAUAUUAUCAUAUCAUACGUGAAGUUAUACUCACCGGUGACCAUGAUAAGUUUCAACACAUAUCCAUGUCUGGUGAAUGUUUCCAUGCAAUGGAUUUACAUUCUGACUCUGUUGAAAUUCAUACCCACCUGUUUCCUUUUUCAGCAUUUCCGAUCGUAUCUGACGAUGCUUAUUUGGUCUUUCGAACAUAUCAUUGUGGCUCAGUUGAGUAUGAACAAUUUCAACGUCGCAUGUCCGUAGAGAAUAGUUGUCGAUGCAUCGGCGACUAUUACAAUCGCUGA